UCCUAACAUCUCAUCAAUUAGCUUCUUUCUCAGAUUGAUUUCAGCCUCGUUCUCAAACAAGACUUAAAACAUAACCAUAACCUUAGAUAAAUCGGAUAAAGGUUCGCCCUAGUUUUUCUCUCCCAGGCACGAAGACCGAGGCAGCCGCUCGCCGAAGAUAUGGUCCUUCCCAUCCUCCGGUGUCCUUCCACCGCCCUCUUUGCUGCCUAAUCGAUCUGCUUCUUCUCCCGUCGGUAGAUCUACGACGCCGGCGAAGCUUGUCUCCACCUCCAUGACCCUGGUUCAGCUUUUCCUGCUUUCAAUGGGUUCUUCCUGUCCAAGGCCACCAGGUUUAGCGCUGCGGAUGAGCCUUUUGUCUCCUCUGGAUCCGCCAGACCCACCAGAUCCGCCAGAUGACAAGUUCGUUUCACCUCGGUCGUUGCCGUUCUAUGGCUCCCGUCUUUCUAGUGAGUUCGAUGGAGAGUGUAUAUCUCUCCUCCCCCUCCCUCCCGUUGCUCCCCUGAAGGUGUUCAUCCAUUUCAGUGGGCCUCUUGUUUGGGGUUGGCUUCUAUUCUCGGUUGAUGAAUCAGUCUUCUUCUCAACCUCUCCACCUGCGUUCCUCCAGCAGUGUGUCUCCUUCUCUUUGCUUAAGGUUGGUUAGAACCACUGUUGUUGGUUCUUUUUCUGCCCAUCUUCGGCGAAUUUGGUUCAUUGGAUACUUCUCUGAUGUAACCUUACCUGUUUACGUCCAGCCAAAAACCAUCUCUGUUGGCUUAGUCUCUGCUUUGUUCCAAUGUUCUUUGCUCACCGGAGACUCCUCCGGCAUCAACCUGUCCUUGUAUGAGGCAGUUCUUUUAACGUCACAAUGUAUGGUGACUAACUCUAUUCCAGUCGAUGUUUAUGUAUUGAUUGCUACUUUUUUCAUGGGUGUUCUUGUGAUAGUUAGUUUCAAUACUUCUCCUGGUACCCUAUCAAGCUUGUUCAAGUUUGUGUCUCUAUAUUUGAUCUGUGGUUUAGUUGAUUUACCUUUCAAGUUUGCUGUUCCGGAAUGUCCGAAUCGGCUUUAUCUUCUUGUAACUGUUUAAUUCUAAUAUAAGUUUGGGUGCACA